AUGAGUUCGUUAGCCUGGAACUGCCGGGGGCUUGGGAACCGCCGAGCAGUUCAAGAGCUUGUCGACAUUGUACAAGCACAAGGUCCCAAGGUUGUCUUCUUAUCUGAAACGUGGUCUAAUCUGGAACAGAUGAAGAAGAUCAAGUAUGAGUUGGAGUUCGAUGGUUUGUUCGUUGUCCCUAGUAGAGACAGGGGAGGUGGUUUGGCGCUGUUAUGGAGAUCAGAGAUUUCAAUUUGGGUAGAUAGUUUCUCAAACUAUCACAUAGAUACGAUUGUCAAUGGAGGUCCGGCUUUCACCUGGCAUAGGAAGAGGGGAGGGGAAUGGAUUUGGGAGCGACUGGAUUGGGGCUUAGCUAAUUAUGAUUGGCUAGCCAAAUUCCCCACAGGUAGAGUAAAACACUUAUCCUGCUUCACCUCUGAUCAUCGACCCUUAUUGUUGAGCCUUGAUGCUGAUGGGGAAAGGAAGCGGUGGAGCCGAAAGCCUUUCAGGUUUGAAUCAAUUUGGCUUACUGAUCUGGAGUGUGGCCAUACAGAGAUAAAGAAUACAAAGGAGUUGCUUUGGAAAGCAGAGGAAGAUGUGUUGAAUGGAGGUAAUCCGCAAGAGGUGGUGCAACUGAAAACAGAAUUGAAUCUUUUACUGGAUCGUGAGGAACAAAUGUGGCGGCAAAGAGCACAUGUUAAAUGGAUUCAAAGUGGUGAUCGAAAUACGAAAUUCUUUCACGGCUCAGCAACUCAACGGAAAAGGAGGAAUUUCAUUAAGGGAUUGAAGGAUGAGUCCGGGGUUUGGCAGGGUGAUGAGGAAGUUGUCUCUAGGGUGUUAACAGAGUAUUACACCAAGUUAUUCACCUCUUCAAACCCACAACAUUUGGACCGUGUGCUAGAAGGGGUUAAAGCAGUGGUGUCAGAGGAGAUGAAUGAGAAGCUGGUUAAGACUUACACAGCAGAGGAGGUGGAAAUUGCAAUAAAGGACAUGGUCCCCCUAAAAGCUCCUGGUCCAGACGGGAUGCCGCCGCUUUUCUUCCAAACCUAUUGGCCGGACAUAGGUAUGGAUAUCACUCAGGCAGUCCUAUCUAGUUUAAAUUCUGGUUCUAUUUUGAAAUCCAUCAACCACACCUUUAUUACUUUAAUUCCCAAGGUUAAAAAUCCUGUGAAAGUAACUGAAUAUCGACCCAUAAGUUUGUGUAAUGUGAUAUAUAAAAUAAUUAGUAAGGUGAUAGCUAAUAGGCUUAAACCUCUAUUGAACAAUAUUAUAUCAGAAACACAAAGUGCUUUUAUUGCUAACAGGAUGAUUACAGAUAAUGUGUUGGUAGCCUUUGAGUCCUUACAUCACAUGACAACAAGUCGCCUUGGGAAAAAGAGUUUUAUGGCACUUAAGCUCGACAUGAGUAAAGCGUACGAUCGAGUGGAAUGGACCUUUCUGAAGAAGAUCAUGACUAAAAUGGGUUUUACAACUUCCUGGAUUGCGUUAAUUAUGGAAUGCGUCACCACAGUCUCCUACUCCAUCCUAGUGAAUGGCGAGCCUAAGGAGGGUCUAAAUGCCAUUCUUGAACAAGCAGCAAAUGCAGGGGAGAUUCAUGGUUUUUCCAUUUAUAGACGUGGUCCAAAGCUCACACAUCUUUUCUUUGCAGACGACUGCUUAUUAUUCUGUCGAUCUACUCUAGAAGAAUGUGAGAAGAUUAAAGAGCUACUGGCUGCUUAUGAGGUGGCGUCGGGUCAAAUGAUCAAUAAGGAUAAAACCACCUUAUUUUUCAGCCACAACACAGAUGACUCAGCUCGGGCUGCCAUACAACAAGCCCUUGGAGUGCCAGCAAUUCAUCAUUAUGAGAAGUACCUAGGUCUUCCCUCCUUUGUUGGGAGAAAUAAGAAAGCGUGCUUCACAGACAUCAAGGAACGCAUUUGGAAACGAAUGCAAGGCUGGAAAGAAAAACUCUUAUCCCAAGCCGACAAGGAAAUAAUGAUCAAAGCAGUCAUUCAAUCGAUACCGGCCUAUUCCAUGAAUGUUUUCAAGCUUCCAAGAUGCUUAUGUAAGGAUAUUGAGGCCAUGAUCCAAAAAUUUUGGUGGGGACAAGGUGGGACCAUUUUUGAUGCGGCUAUUUCAUCUAGAAGCUCUUAUGCUUGGCGUAGUAUCCUCCAAGCCAGAGAUGUCAUUUUGAAAGGGGCUGUAUGGCGGAUAGGGGAUGGAAGAUCAAUUAAUAUUUGGGAACAAAGAUGGGUGCCAAAUCUGAGUACUAGCAAGGUUGUAUCUCCGAGAAGUCAUUUGCAUGUAACCUGGGUAAGUGACCUUUUUCUGCCGAACUCAAAAUCUUGGGAUGUGGAACUGCUGAAUACUAUCUUUUAUCCUUGGGAAGCUGAGGAAAUCAGUAGAAUUUAUGUUAGCCCCUUUUGCCAAAAUGAUACUUAUGUCUGGCCUCUCACCUCAAAUGGGGAUUACUCUGUUAGAAGUGCUUAUAAAAUGCUGGUUUCGGAGGUUAUGACAAGUGUCCAAGCCUCUUCCUCUACAGACAACUCGGCAAAGGUUUGGAAAGGUGUAUGGCGAAUUCGGGCUCCCAAUAAGAUAAGACACUUCAUGUGGAGGGCAGUCAAAGAUUCUUUGCCCACUAAAGAAAAUCUGCAUAAACGUCAGAUUCCCUUGGAUGAAUCUUGCUCUCUCUGUGAUGAGUAUCAGGAGACAAAUAUGCAUGCAUUAUGGCUAUGUGAUUUUGCUAAGUCAGUGUGGAAAACAGAGGUUGGUUUUGCUGAGUAUUAUAAGAAGCAUUUUAGAAGCUUUAUGGACUUGUUUGAAGCGGUGCUUGAGAGAGGUUCAGUCUUUCAUGUGGCUUGGUUUUCAACGGUGGCAUGGAGUUUAUGGCAGAGAAGGAAUAAAUUGAGGGUGAAACAACCUACAUGGCCUUUUCAUGAAAUUUGUAAGUGUGCAAAGGAGUUGGUACUGGAAUUUUUUGAGAUCCAUGAACCUCAGCCACCUCCUAGAAAAUCGGCUUUGGUGCGCUGGUGUCCUCCGCAGGUCGGUUUCUUCAAAGCAAACUUCGAUGUUGUAGUUUUUGAUGGUUCAGGGUCAGCUGGUAUUGGGGUGGCAAUCCGUGACCACUCGGGACAGAUUAUUGCAGCACUCGGCCAGAAGAUUAAACUUCCUCACUCGGUGGACCUUGCUGAAGCUUUGGCGUGCAGCCGUGCAGCCCUGUUUGCCCAAGAGUUAAGCCUCUUCCAGGUUGAAUUUGAAGGUGACAGCUUGCGAAUUAUCUAG